AUUCAUGAUUAUGAUUUGUAUAUAAUGUUGACAGCCACACAUCACUAAGCUAUAUUGGAACCACUCACAAACAUCAAUUGAGAGGUUCUCUGUUCAAAAAAACCUCAACAGCUUAUAUGUACAAAUAAUUAUAUCAUUACUGACCUGAAAUAAUUUUCCUAACUUUUUGCCACUAAUCACACCGCUCCCACUACAUCUUGAUUCACUGUGAUACAUUUUCCAUAGUUUUUGGAGUGUGAGCUGCAACAUGCCUGGUUCAGCACAUGACGCCAAUGCACUCCGCCAGUCCAAUCUGUUCAACAAUGCACAAUCCUUCCCAAAGAGAGCAGUGCAGAUCGAGGGGCAGGAUGUGGAUUUCUUCCUGCUGGGAGAUCCUGCGUACCCACUGAUGCCCUGGCUAAUGAAGGGCUAUCUGCAGUCCCCAAGACUGACACCACAAGAGGAAAGCUUCUACGUCUAUUUGAGUUCUGCUAGAACAAGUAUAGAGAUAGCAUUUGGUCGACUGAAAUCUCGUUUCUGUAUUCUGUUGAAGCGCAGUGACUUCCAUUUCACUUUCACACCAUACGUGGUAGCAACCUGUUGUGCUCUACACAAAUUUUGUGAGAUGGAGAAGGAGCAUGUUAAUCCCAGAUGGGCAGAGGAGGCCACAUCAGUAGAAAGGCUGUUUCCACAGCCUGUGUCACAGGUCAAUAGGGCUGAUAACAGUGCAGCCUCAGCUAUCAGACGGGCCCUAACAGAUUACCUUGCUGCACGUGUCCCACUCCGUAAGCGCUUAGUAAGAGCGUGAGUGUGCAGGACGAACGGCUCUGAUAGGAAACAAACAACUUUAAACUGUAAGCUCGAUAUUUUUCAAAACGCUUUAUUUUCUGAGUUUUAAAAGAUGUUUAUCUGCCUUCUCCUUUGUUGCUGUGCACCUCUGAAAAAGAACAGGUAUAUGCAAUGUUCAAAUAAAAUGUCAACACAUACAAGUUUUCUAGUGAGUUUAAUAAAACAUUUGUUCUUUAAUAAAGCACAUAACAAAAUAACAUUUUGGUUUUGCUUUUUAAAUGUGAGGUUGAUUCAGAAAUCAUUUGAGACAUGAGUGCCUCAUCACUGGCAUGUCUCAACUGCCUUUGCUGCUCAAACCAUUGCUUCUGCGUGUGCUGCAUUCUCUCCAUGAACUGUUGAUGUUGAGUAAGUGAAGCGGCUCCACGGUGCCUGGACCUGCGACUUGACCCAUCUAGAGCAGACAUGACAGGCCUUAGAAAGUGUUGGGUAAGUUCUCUCUUAGUGUUCGACUAUUAUCACUUUUUGCAUUCUUAUGAAACUUGUGGAUUCUAGAAGAUGUUUCUUUACCUUUAGGUGAUGUGUCAGAAUGUCACCUGCUCCUUCGUCAUAAACAAAUAUCUUCCUACAAUUCUGAGUUUACUAAGAAUGCAAAAGUGACAAUAGUCCUUAGUUUGGGUCAACGGUUAUAUUACAUAAUAUCUCAUAAUCACUGUAAUCAAAUUAUCCACUAAAGAAAGGUACUAUUUUCAGACAUUACACAAGGAGGAGGAGUGACCUGGGGUUACAAUAUGCUAUAACCUUUAGUAACAGUAUUUAGCAAGCUCACCAGGAGUAGCUGCAGUGGGAUUUGAUGGCUGUGUAGACUGGCAAGGCACAGUCAUUGAAGGUCCACCUUCUCUAAUAUCUGCAUCUGGCCAGAAAUAAAAACAAGCAAAAUGUUACAGCUUGAUGUUAAAAAAGAUGUUACUUAUAGGUUAAACACAGAUGGGUCGACGCAUGUAUCUACCUCCAAGAGCGAAACCCUUUGUUGGUAUACGUAUUGGAUUGAGAAAGUCAUGUGACUUACCUGUGUUUUCAUCCAUAACAUCAUCAUCAUCCUCUCCUUCAAGAUGAACCAGACCGAUGAACACAGAGGUUUCCUUGUCACUCCAAAAGUGUGGUGCUGUGCCGGCUGCGACUCGCCAUGUUGCUCCCAACUUGUUUACUUCCGGUAUUCUGGCGCAUACAAGACGUCUCGCUACUCAAAAGACCAAGAUUACUUGCGAACAGAGCAUGCGCAGAACACACGCUUUGAUGGGGAUAUCCCGAUAUGUGUUUACACGACCACACAUUCGGGUUAGAAAAGGGUUACCCCAGGUGUAGUAACCGGGUUUUUAAAAACCCGGUUAUGAGCAUAUCCGGGUUUUUGGCGGUGUUUACAUGGCCGUGCGGAACCGGGUUAUUGCGAAUAUUCGGGUUUUAAAAGGGUUACUGGCUGCAUGUAA